UCUUCAACUUUGUAAAUAAAAAUUACAAUAUAUUUUGUGAACCGAAAAACCCUGAGCAGCAAAAUUCCAGAGUAAAUCUUCCACUCAAUUCAAUAAAUUAGAAAAAAAGCUACUAUAUUUGUAUGUAAACUUCACUUGACCUAAUUGAAGCAGAAAAUGUAUUUUUAAUACUCUCGUGGAAACUACUUUUAUAUUUGUAAAAUUGAAAUCCCAAUGGAAAUUUAUAGAUAAGAAACAAGAUUGUUUUAAAUUUGAUAGCAAUUUGAGUAAAAGGAAUGACACUGAUUUUAUUUAGCCUAAGCAAAUUACCUUCAGAUAGUAAAAUAAAAAAUUAUUCUCUAUAAAUCAAUGAUGAUGCAGGUGUGCAAUAAUCUCUACAGAAACAAUUUGGUGUUUCUUCUAUUAAGAUUCAUUAGAUCAUCAAUUAAUAAAUUUUGCAAAACGCUAGUUAGACGAACGUCUCUCCAUAUUAUUCACCUUUUUGAUACACAUUAUACUGAAAAAGUUGUAUCGAGAGAAAGAAUCAGUAAAUUAAAAUGAAUGAUCCUUACCUUCGAUACCAAUACGAUGGGGAACCACUGAUGGAUGUUUAUAAUUCGAAAAAUAUCAAUUUGUCAGUUGGCAUUCCUGGUCCUGAUUUAUUGCGUCAUUGUGGGGAUAUGAUGCUAACAGCAAUGAAACACCGAUUGAAAGAAGAAAUUCGGGAAAAUAAAUAUUAUCUCUUUCAAUAUGGUAUCAAUCCAGGUUUAUGGGAAUAUCGGAAUGAAUUAUCGCAAUUCCUAUCGAGAAGAUAUGGAGAUACGGUUAAAAGGGAGAAUUUAAUUUUAACCUGCGGUGCAACAUCUGGAUUACAAUUAAUUAUUAACAGUAUUAUAUCUCCAGACGGUGUUAUUUUCGUUGAGGAAUUGACGUACAUGCUUGCAUUAGAUAUAUUUAAACAUUUUCCACUUAUGAAAAUAAUUCCAGUUCCAUUCAAAAGUGAUUGCAUUGAUAUCGAUGCUUUCGAACAAUUACUUCUAAAGGAAAAGAAGCGACGCUUCACCAUUAAUAAGGAAAAGAUAUUUUGGGCAAUGUUUUACGCUAUACCAACAUUUCAUAACCCAACAGGAAAUACUUUAAAACCUGAGUUUUGUCAACGUUUAGUGCAAAUUGCUAGGAAGCAUUCGUUUCUAAUUGUCUGCGACGAUGUUUAUAAUCUUCUUCAUUAUGAGGAAGAAUUUCCACCUCACAGAUUAUUUUUCUAUGACGAUCCAGAGGAUGAGGGUUACAAGGGUGGAAAUGUCAUAUCGAAUGGAUCGUUUUCGAAAAUUUUGUUUCCCUCUGUUCGUGUAGGCUGGAUGGAAUGUAGUCCGAAAAUUACCGAAAAUUUGAAGAAUUCGGGAAUUUUAAAUGGAAGUGGUGCAGUCAACCAUUUUAUUUCUGGUACAAUAGCAAGUUUAUUGCAUUUAAAGCUUGAAGAUGAAUUUCUAGAUGUACUAAUCGAAACUUACAAGAAAAGAUUAUUGAAAGUCUGCAAAACAUUGGAUGAAUUUCUUCCUCAAAGUUGCUCCUAUACAAAGCCUAAAGGUGGCUACUUUAUUUGGAUUGAACUUCCUCAAGAUAUGGAUGCGUCAAUUUUCAUUGACUGGUGCAAAGAAGUUCAUAAUGUAAGCGCGAUUCCCGGAAUUCGUUUCUCUUGCACCCAAAAAUAUAAAAACUUUUUUAGAAUAAGCUUUGCAUUUCAUUCGAGUGAAAUUUUAAAAGAUGCCGUAAAAUCCUUAUGUCUGGGCUUAAAAUACUAUAUUGUAAAUAUUAAUGAAAUUUUUUGAGAAAAUAUUAUAUUUAUAACACUAUUAGACGAU